CUUCUCAGCACCGGUCUAUUGGCCCAUGAGCUCUAAGAACAACCCGAGGGAAAGUUAUUUGAGGAAUAGGAGGGUCCGUGCAUUCAGCGAAAAGUAUGAGACCACACCUGCUCUUCGUGUCGCUCACCUCACUCAAAAGUACUACAUUGAUAUAUCAGCCAACCAGGAGGCUGAGUUUCCACUGGUUGAUCCAUACAAACACACUGAUGAGUUUGUGGAGGAACUAAAGAACACAUUCUCACUCGAAGAGGGCAAGAAUAUUCUCUACUUCACCAUCCCUGACAUAGCAAUGGCGUACGUCAUGAGGGAGUCUGGAUCUAAAGCCACCAUGAUGAUCUACGACCGUUUUCUGCCAGCUCUGCGGUUCUUCCUCCUGGCAGAAGGAGGUCCUAAUAGAGAGUCGGCACGGACGAGAGCAGUACCGGACAAAGUCAUAGCUGAGAACAGUGAGCUCUAUGGAGGACUGGUCCAGGGAGGCAACGGGUCUUUGGCUGCAGACGAUGAGUCCUGUGAUGCACACUGUGACAUGCCUGGUGUCUCCAGACCAACUGAAGUACCUAUACUUUUCUUCCUCCCAAUACUAGGUGUGAGUGUGCUGGUGUCAGUGGUGGUGACCGUGAUAGUCAUGUGUCUGAGAGAGGCAGGGCGCAAGGAUGCCGAGGAGGCAGAGAAGGAGGAGCAGGAGCUUAUUGAUGCCAUGGCUUCUGCUGAUGACAUUGACUGAUUACAU